AGGGGUCCAACCGAAAGCAUCCCCGCAAAUAAAAGAUAUUAAGCAUGGCCAUAGAUCGCACUCUAGAAUGUGCACGACGGCGAGCUGCCAACUUAUUCAUAGAGCAAUGCCAGUCUAACGACGGGCUCUGGAGCUGUUGCGGACAAACACUACAGACGAAAGCGGAAGCAUUCAAACAUGCACACUCAGACCAUGGUGAUGAGUUACAGCAAGAGGCAUCUCGGGUAUACCGACAAUAUCAAGACGCUGAAACAACUAAAGUAGAUAGUAAAGCAUUUCGGAAAAGAAGAAGCAAAAAGGGCAGCAGUGAUCCUAUCUCCACUGAAUGUGAUUGUGAUAUAUCCGAUUACACAGUCAUUCUCUUUUAUCUCUAUCAAGCCAUCGAGAGUCCAGAUCAACUAGCUGAACAACACUAUCAACUGUGCAGCCAAUUUUCCAUCACGGGAAAAGUUCGGGUAGCGCAUGAAGGAGUCAAUGUUACCCUUGCUGGGACCAAUGAUGCCAUUGGACAUUACAUCAAAUACGUCGUAGAUAGGCUACACUUGGAGGACAAAGACCCAUAUGAUUUUUUCAAACCGUCUUCGGGUUGUGUCCAUGUGUUUGAGGAUCUUUCGGUCAAAGUCGUAGAAGAAAUAUGCCCACUGAACGCCGAUGUGACAUUAUCAACUCUGCUUACGGCAUCUCACAAGGAAGGCAAAUUACCACCUGCCAAGUUCCAUGAAAUGCUGCAGAGGCAAGACGUCCUUAUUCUUGACACUAGAAAUUAUUAUGAAAGUCGAAUUGGCAAAUUUGAAAGGGCAAUUACUCCGGCCACACGCAAGUUUGCACGAUUCCCAGCGUGGGUUGAAAGGAAUAAGGAGGCUCUGGAUGGCAAAGUUGUUCUGACCUAUUGCACAGGGGGCAUUCGCUGUGAGAAAGCGUCGGCGUAUCUUCGACAAACACUAUCAACCGACACACAAGUUUGGAUGUUGGACGGGGGUAUUCACAAUUAUCUGGAAUGGAGCAAAAAAGCCGAGAUCGAGCCCCUUUGGAAAGGGAAAAACUAUGUUUUUGAUGCAAGACAAUCAACGGGAAAUCAAGGUACUAUUUCAAAUUGUCAAGUUUGUCAGCAACCUUGUGCUCGUUAUGUCAAAUGCAGUCGGCAAUGUCAUCUCUUGAUUAUCUGCUGUGCAACAUGCGAAGCCAAGCACGAGCAAAUGGUAUGUUGCGAUAGCUGCGACGGUCGGACUGGCAUGUGCAAAUGUGAGAAGCUGAGGCGACAAGAGGAGUCCACACCGAUCAAGACAAGCCCAAUGAAGUCAGACCAGAACAUCCAGGCAGACGCGUUUUUCACAUGAUUUGUAAAUACUUGGGCUCUUUUCGUCCUCUUCCCAACCCAACACAAACCCCAAAUUUCGUUCCCGUAGUUGGAUCUUAUAUGCGCCAAAAAGAGCCAUGUGAAGUGGGUACUGUGUAAAUAAAUGGGACAAAUACUAUAUACCAUUUUCCAAUUCG